UUUUGGAGCAACAUGGCAACCAGGUGGGGAAUCUGCGGCGCGGGGAAGAUCAGUCAUGACUUUACUGUGGCUCUGAAAACUCUUCCUGCUGAAGACCAUCAGGUUGUGGCUGUUGCGGCUCGUAAAUUGGAGGACGCUCAGGAAUUUUCCAGAAAACACAACAUCUCUAAGGCUUACGGCAGCUAUGAGGAGCUGGCCAGAGAUCCAGAUGUAGAUGUGGUGUAUAUUGGGAACAUCCACCCACACCAUCUGAAGGCCUGUCUGCUCUUCAURAAUGCYAAAAAGAAUGUUCUGUGUGAGAAGCCGCUGGCCAUGAACACCAAGGAGGUGAAAGAGAUUCUGGACUCUGCCAAAAGGAACCAAGUCUUCCUCAUGGAGGCCGUGUGGACCCGUUUCUUCCCAGUUUCUGCAGAAGUUAGAAAGCUGCUGGCUCAGGGGGAGAUAGGAGAGGUGAAGAUGAUCCGGUCAGAGUUUGGCAUUCCCUUGUUGCACAAGCCAAGAUUAGUAGAGAAGGAGUUGGGUGGAGGAGCUCUGUUGAGUCUUGGCAUGUACUGCUUGCAGUUUGUGUGUAUGGUGUACAAUGGAGAGAGGCCAGAGAGCAUCCAGGCUACCGGGGUCUGCCUGGACACAGGGGUUGAUGAGACUGUAAUUGUCACUCUGAAGUUCUCUGAGAAGAGAAUGGCAGUGUUUACUUACUCUUCGAGCAUGAAGCUUCCCAAUGACGCCAUUAUUGUUGGAACCAAGGGCACAAUUCAGAUCCCUUCCUGGAUGUGGUGCCCCACAUCUUUAAUUGUGAAUGGAAAGGAGACCCAGUACCCCUUGCCAGAACCCUGUUUGCCUCUGAACUUCCACAAUGGCACAGGAAUGCGUUAUGAAGCAGARGAGGUCCGACAGUGUUUGCUCAAAGGGCUGAAGGAGAGUCCAGUCAUGCCUCAUGCUGACUCUCUGCUGCUGGCUGAAAUGGGGGAUGAGAUCCGCCGGCAGGUGGGAGUGGUGUACAGCCAGGACUCCCAGUAAAAGUUCGACUUUUUCAUGCUGUGAUUAAAUACAACCAGUUUACAAUGACUUACUGUUUAUUUCAAGAAUAGUUCAUUUCAUGUGAUUURAGAAGUGUUUAUAUUUUUGUAGAAAAAUAACACUACUUGACCUCCAACUUUGAUUAACUUUUGAAAUAUAAACCACUCAAGAUGACCUCUCUCAAGCACAUGAGAGCAGUUAGGAAGCUGUUACCUUUUCAUAUUUACAUGUUACACACCAGCUUUGUAUACAGAUUUAUUAAUACUCACUGAACACUGUCAACAAAAAAAUGAAAUGUAAAAUCUUUGACAAUCUGUGAAAUAAAUGUUAUAGCAAAGUUCUAA